AUGAUGUUGUCCAGCAGUGCAUUUGUUUUGGUUCUUGUCUAGUGCUCGAGAGUAUUUGAAUAAGAAUGAAUACAUAUUUUUCACAUUCGGUGUUUUAAUCAUCAGUUUUCUGCGACGAAAUCUGUAAUGAACAGUGAUGGAUUUGUCAGGAUCCCCGAGGCUCGUUUCGCUGAAAAUCGAUAUGGAUGAUAUGGACUAUUUUGAGAACCAGGAUAUAGCGGAUGAUGAGGAGGAAUAUCUGGACGUAAACCAUGAAGAGGAGGAGGAUGAACAAAAACUGUUCCGAUUCACCGUUCAAAUUUACUCAAGGAAUUUCAAAGGACACAAAAAAGGGCCAUCGGUGGGAAAGGUGAGCAUAAACUGCAACACUGUGGAAGAAACGAUGGAGCUCUUAUGGAAUUCUUGUGAAAGCCACAUCAGACGGGAAGUGAUCUUUGACACAGCUUCUGGAAUCGGGACUGAACAGUAUGCAGCUCACUGGGCAGAAGCAACGACACCGACUAUCGAAGAAAUCGAUAAAUUUCUCACGUUCCAGGACAAGUUUUCAAAGAGGACUUACAAGCCGGCACAGUUCAUAGAGAAACCAGAGAAGCUGCAGAAAUUUUUGGAUAAAGAAAUAAACGUCUUUGUCUACGCUUUUUCCGAGUCAGUUACCUCAGCAAACAUGUAUGACACGCUUCGAAUUCAACUCUUGAAGCCAGAAGAAAGAGACAGAGCAGGUGCCGCUUCGAAUCAGGCGGUUUCUGAACUGGUUACAGAGCUGAAAAAACUGCACAAAGCAUCCUACAUCUCUCAAGACGUGAACUGGGCAGUUUGGGCUUCAUUCCUUUUUACCAAAGAUGCUCUGGAGCGGGAUGAAUUGAAGCAUCAAGGUCCUCCUCAGCACUUGAUCCAUCUCUUCAAAUCGGUUCCUACUGCAAGUUCCAGAGUGCUGUCAUGUACAAGGAACGACAUCAAAAUUGCACAAAACGUGAACGGGGGAUUCAAAGAGGAGUUGGAUAAGUUGACAAAGGAAUUGGAUCAAGUUUGCGUUAUUGUGAGCUCGAUGAAACUUCGACUGACAGCGCUGCGCACAAUGCAAGCUACCAAUGAAUCUGUUUUAUUCGAUGUAUCUGGAAGCAUGGAAGUAAGCGAGGAUGUCUUUGGUGCUGAACUGGCCACACAGGUUGAGGAUUGUUUGGAUAUGGACCAUCUGUAGGUGGGAUACAUUUUUAUACGUUUUUAUGGUAAUGUGAUGAAUUAACAAUAAACGUUGCAAUGUUUUGUUUUACAUUUUAAUCAAAAUUUUAUUUUCAAUUUUCAAACCCCAUUGACUGGAUGUUUUGGUUCAAUCCAAUGGCUGGAUUGAAUUUUCCCCCUGGUAAAUAUCCACAUUUUCGGAAAACCUUGGUGCAAUCGAAAUUAGUGAAUGAAUUCAAUGUAUCAGAAAUUGUGGUAAUGAUUUGAGCACUGUUCUCCACGUAGUUUCUCUGUAACUUCUUUUUACAGUAU